AUGGCACCCACCGCAACCGCCGGCAGCAGCGCCAGCGCGCUGUGGCCCGCGCAGCAGCAGCAGUUGCAGCAACAGUCGCUUCUUGUGCAUGGCGCCGCCCGCCAGCGGCUGCUCGGCAACAUGACGCAGCAGCAGCAGCAGCAACAGCAGUGGGGGCAGCGAGCCCCCCACACCUCCUAUCAGCAGCAGCAGCAGUGGCGCGCCUACCGCGGCGCCGCCAAGCGCGUCCGCCACUCCCUCCCCGACGAGCUCUCUGCCGCGCUGGCCGUCGCCAAAGCCGCGCGCCCGCCGCGCGCGGAGCCGCCGCAGCUCGCGCCGCGCGAGCUGCAGUUCUCGUCGCGCCGCGCCGGCGCGAUCGCGAUCAAGGCGGGCAUGACCCAGGAGUGGGACGAGUACGGCGCGCGCGUGCCGCUGACGGUUCUCUGGAUCGACGACUGCAAAGUCAUGCGGCACAAGACGGCGGACGCGGACGGCGUGACGUCGCUGGUGCUGGCGUGCGGCGCGAAGAAGGAGAAGCAGCUGCACCCGCGGCAGAUGGCUGAGUUCAAGGCAGCCGGCAUUCCCCUCGCGCGCAAGCUCUGGGAGUGCCCCGUCUCUGAAGACGCCGUCCUGCCCGCCGGCACGCCCAUAACGGCCGCCCACUUUGCCGCGGGCCAGUACCUGGACGUCACAGGGACCACCAAGGGCAAGGGCUUUGCCGGCGUGAUGAAGCGCUGGGGCUUCAAGGGGCAGGGCGCGAGCCACGGCAACACCAAAAGCCACAGGCGGCCGGGCGCGAUCGGCGGCGGGCGCGCAGACCCCGGCAAGGUGUGGAAGGGCAAGAAGAUGCCGGGGCACAUGGGCGCGGAGACCAAGGUGGUGCGCAACGUUUGGCUCUACAAGGUGGACCCCCAGCGCAACCUGCUGUACGUUCGCGGCCAGGUGCCCGGCCCCGCGGGCGGCUUCCUAUUCAUCCGCGACGCGUUCCGCUGGCACUGGGCGCAGCGCGCCGCCGCGGGGCUGCCAUUCCCGACGGCGCUGCCUGUCCCCGGCGGCGAGGGCGCCAUGGGCGGAGCAUCGGGCGUGGUCGUGGCCAAGCGGGACGGCCCCGACCCGUACGAGAGGUUCCGCUCUGACGUGGGGGAGUACGCGGAGGGCGCCGACUGGAAGACCGAGUGA